AUGAGGUGCUCCCCGGGCAUUACAACAGGAUUAAAGUGUGAGGUGCUGCACUUGAACGUACCCCAGGACUCAAGUGUGAGGUGCUCCCCCAAACGGCCCCCAAGUCUCAAGUGUGAGAGUGCUCCCCGAACAUUACCCCAGGACCCAAGUGUUAGGUUCCCCGAAUAUUACCACAGGACUCAAGGGACUCACUACGGUGGUCUGAAUAUUACCCAUGACUCAAGUGUGAAGGGGCUCCCCGAACGUGCCCCAGGACUCAAGUGUGAGUGUUCCCAGACGUACCCCAGGACCCCAAGUGUGGGGUGCUCCCAGAUAUUACACAGAGUCAAGGACACAAGUGUGAGGUGCUCCCCAAACAUUAUCCCAGGACUCAGGUGUGAGGUGCUCCCCGAACAUUACCCCAGGACUCAAGUGGGAGGUGCUCCCCGAACAUUACCCAAGGACUCAAGUGUGAGGUACUCCCCGACACAACGUGAGGACUCAAGUGUGAGGUGCUUCCCGAAUGUUACCCCAGUAACCAAGUGUGAGGUGCUCCCCGAAUACAACCACAGGACUCAAGACCCAAGUGUGAGGUUAUCCCCGAACAUUACCCCAGGACUCAAGUGUGAGGUGCUCCCCGAACAUUACCCCAGGAUUCAAGUGUGUGGAGCUCCCCGAACAUUACCCAAGGACUCAAAUGACUCAAGUGGGAGGUGCUCCCCGAAUGUUACCCCAGUAACCAAUUGUGAGGGGCUCCACGAAUAUUACCCCAUGACUCAAGUGGGAGGUGCUCCCCGAACAUUACCCCAGGACUCAAAUGACUCAUGUGGGAGGUGCUCCCCAAACAUUACCCCAGGAGUCAAGUGUGAGGUGCUCCCCGACACAACGCCAGAACUCAAGUGUGAGGUGCUCCCCGAACGUUACCCCUGGACCCAAGUGUGA